AUGUUUGACGCUGAUAUACAGAACGAAAUUGCAAUUCAUAAGCCAGUUUCUACCUCCCAAGCUAUUGGUUUAGCUAAGCUGAUUGAGUCAAAAAUUAAAGAUUCAAAACCUAAAUAUCAAAAGCCUUUUUCCAACACCCUUAACCAUUCCAAUACCCCAACCUACCUUCCUACCCCAACCGUUAAAACUUCUUCCACAUCACAACCCAUGAAAUUACAUAUCCGACGCCUUUCAAACGCCCAACUACAAGAGCGCCACGCCCAAGGCUUGUGUUUUACUUGCGAUGAAAAAUUUAUUCCAAGUCAUAAAUACACCUCGGGGAAAUUUCUGCUGUUAAUGAUAGAUGAAGAGGAACCUACAACACUUGAACUUGGAGACAAUGGAAAUGACUACUCCCCUACUGCUGAACAAGAUGAUACGUAUUUCUAG